UUCAACACAUGUUACAUGUGUUUGGCAACAAACGAAAAAUCAAAAAUAGAACAUAGAUUUUAUUGCGACCUUGGUACAUUCAUUUUAUACGGAGGCAAUGAUGGCAAUCGUAAAGGUGCCUCCUGUACCACCAGUACCACCAGUGCCACUUGUACCUCCAGUGCCACCGGUGCCCCCAGUACCGCUUGUGCCACCAGUACCUCCAGUACCUCCACUUCCACCACUUCCUCCAGAGCCUCCAGUUCCGGUGGUACAGGCCGAGCCAGUAGUGCCAGUUACAGUGCAAACGCCAUUGUUGCACGAACUGGUGGUACAGAUGCAAUUGCUGCACGUCGUCGUCGUGUACGUAGUGCUGCUGAUGGUACACGUGCCAGUGGGGCAUGUGCAACUAGUGCUGCUGCAGCUGCAACUGCCUGCCGAGCUGGAACAACUGCAUCGGGCGCUAGAACUGGCACACGCACUCGCCUGACGGCUGCUCGCACCACCGAAAACUGAAUUCCGCACACCAUCACGGACCUUUAAG